AUGGCUAUGGCGACUUCAGCACACUACACAACUCCAAUUCCUAACAAGAUUCUGUCCAAAUUACACCUCCAGCAAAAACCAUCUAGCGCGUGCUUUACACGGAACUCGCUGUUUCUCUCUCUAAAAUCUACUGCAAGAAACUCCUCCUCGUCGGCGCCGUCGGCUACCAGCGCAGUGGAAGCCGAGACUCAGAAUUCAUCCGUGACUCCUGCCAAAUUGCUCCCUUUUCGAGUCGGCCACGGUUUCGAUUUGCACCGGCUUGAGCCGGGUUAUCCGCUGAUCAUUGGUGGGAUUAAUAUUCCUCAUGAUAGAGGCUGUGAAGCUCACUCCGAUGGUGAUGUAUUGCUACAUUGUGUGGUUGAUGCUAUAUUGGGGGCAUUGGGGCUUCCAGAUAUAGGGCAAAUCUUUCCAGAUAACGAUCCUAAAUGGAAAGGCGCGGCAUCGUCCGUAUUCAUCAAAGAAGCUGUCCGGCUAAUGCACGAGGCAGGUUAUGAACUUGGAAACUUAGAUGCCACUUUGAUUCUGCAAAGACCUAAAGUAAGCCCACACAAGGAGGCGAUCCGGGCUAAUUUGUGUGAGCUACUUGGUGCUGACCCUUCAGCUGUAAACCUGAAAGCAAAAACUCACGAAAAAGUUGACAGCCUUGGGGAGAAUAGGAGUAUUGCAGCACAUACAGUGGUUCUCCUUACGAGGAAGUACUAG